AUGGUCUCUGAAGAGGUGACUAUCAAGUCGGUGGCAGAGGUUGGCGAGCCGGUUGCUUCAGGCUCAGAUGCAGCAUCUGUAUCUGCCAGUGAUCCCAAUGCCAGUACCGGGAAACGUCCUCCGCCGGUUGCCGCACGACUGCUCGCCGUUGCGUUGAUCUCAUGUAUCAGUUUUGGAUCGCAUUGGAGCUCUGGCGUCACCGGCGCUAUGAAAAAGACCAUCAAAAAGGUAGGCCACAACGUGUGCAAUGGACGAAUCAUCCUAAUGAAGAGACUCCAGGAAAUGCACAUCGAUAAUACCAGGUUCUCGCUCCUAGAAGCCAGUGAAGAUUUCAUGGCAACUGUCCUGCUUAUUCCGAGUGGCAUCUUCACCGACCGAAUUGGUGGUGCUGAAAUGAUCGUGUAUGGCAACAUUGUGUACACCAUUGGCUCGAUCCUCGUGGCUGCGGCUACAACCGUGCGCUCCUUCAACUUCAUGAUUGGAGGCCGGAUUGUUCUUGCAUUUGGGGACAUCGCGACGCAAGUUGCGCAGUACAAAAUGUUCUCAUCGUGGUUUGCACCCAACAAUGGAUUCGCAUCGACUCUCGGAUUCGAGCUGGCAAUUGGCAAGGUUGGGGGGUUUGUCGGCAAGUCGACGGCAAACAUCAUCGCCAAAGAUACCGGGAACUUUGCGUGGGUGUUUUGGACAUCCGUCUUCAUGAACCUGUUCACCAAUGCGGCGACUGCGGUGUUCUGGUUCUUUAACAAGUAUUGCAAUCGCCAUUAUGACGGCAGACGCGAUAUCGCGACCAAUGAGAAGCUGGCAGAGAAGAACAAGAAAUUCGAAAUCACCAAAGUAUUGCAGCUUCCUUGGUCGUUUUGGGCCGUCUUGGCCUUUUCUUUGUUCCAGACAAGUGCGGCGUUGGUUUUCAGCCAAAAUGCGACCGAGUUGGCACAGCAGCGAUUCAACGUAGACUCUAUCCGAGCAGGGUGGUAUAGCUCCCUGUCACAGUACGCAGGCUGUCUUCUAGUCCCGUGUCUUGGGAUUUUCAUUGACGUUUUGGGAAAUCGGGCAUCAGUCAUGUUUACCUGUGGUCUAGGGAUGCUUCUGAGCAUGGUAUUGCUCAACUAUGCCAAAACUCAAGCAGGGACUGGGGCGUCGUUCGGCAUCUACGCUAUUGCAUCUGCACUGGGCCCGACUUCGAUCAUUGACAGUAUCCGGACCACUAUUUGGCAUCAAUCAGUAUUCGGCUCUGCAUACUCGCUCAAAGUCACCAUGAACAAUGCCAUGAACAUCGUGAUUCGGAUUAUCACCGGAGCCCUGCAAGAUGCUGAUGAUAACUCGUACCGACGUGUCGUGCAAGUCUACCUCUUCCUAGCGGUAGCUGCUACAGUCGUUGGAACAGCGAUUCUCAUCGGCUCGCAUACGACCAGGAUCAUGGCACCCUUGCAAUGGACUCGGAAAAUGCGCCAGACCCUGGGCCCAACUUCCAUUGAAAAAGCACAAGAGCACAGUCUGGUCACUCAUGCUCGUCGCACGAGAAUCAUUUCAUGUUCUUGUUUUGGAUUGCUUCUCCUCCUGAUACUGGGAAGUUGGGCGGCCUAUAUAUGGGGUGCUGCGACUGGAAACAACCACUAG